AUGGGGAAGUACUGUGCACACUAUUUACACUCCAUUGAAAAUUGCUACAUAAUCGCAGUAUUUACUAUUUUGCAUUCUUUGUAUGAAGUGAAAAGUAUUUGCAUGAUAAUGUGUGUUCAUUGUGACAGUAAAUUAAUAUUUUAUUAUUUAAGAGAAAUAUAUAUGAACUUUCUUUUUGUUAAUCUUCAUCAAAGAAUGCAAAAUAAAAGUGAAAUCCUUGCCCUUUCUUUACUUCUUGCAGUAGCAGUGAAGAUGAGAUACUUUAAACAAAGAACAUUGAAUUUUUUUCUGAUAAACAAGAACAUUAUUUGA